GCGGUGCGCGCGGAUUGGCGGGAGGAGGGGCGAGGAGGUGGGCGGAGCGGCGCGCGCGGAUUGGCGGGAGCCGGCGGGAGACCGGCGGCGCGCUGCUCGGUGACUGAGGUCCCGCGUCCCGGGACCCGCGUGGCGGCGGCGGCGGGGCUGGGGCUCCAGUGUCCUCGCGUGACGGAGGGCUGGGCGGCGUCUCGCAGGGCCCCUGCUGCACGCGCCGAGCCGAAGCCAGAGCGCGGGCCGGGGUGGCGGGGCUCCUUCCGGGGCCGCGGCCCGACUCUGCACGUUCGGGCCGGAAGUUAGUUCGGGCUCCGCCGCGGCCCAGAGCCGUGAGGCCGAACCAGGGUACGAGCUCCUGGCAGCCGCGCUGAAAAGGUAUACGGAAGAGGAGAGACUGUGAGCCGUGCCCUGCCGACCUCCGGUGGCGGCCCGGGCUGCUGCACUCAGGGAGCUCGUGUCCCAGUCACGGGAGGCAGACCAUAAACUCACAAAAGUGACCGCCUCCUCCUGGGCCUGAGCACAGCCAUGUUUUCGGAGCAGGCCGCCCAGAGGGCCCACACUCUCCUCUCCCCACCAUCAGCCAACAAUGCCACCUUUGCCCGUGUGCCUGUGUCCACGUACACCAACUCCUCCCAGCCCUUCAGGCUCGGGGAGCGCAGCUUUAGCCGGCAGUAUGCCCACAUUUAUGCCACCCGCCUCCUCCAAAUGAGGCCCUUCCUGGUGAGCCGGGCCAAGCAGCACUGGGGUGGUGGGGUCCAGGUGAAGAAGCUGUGUGAGCUGCAGCCUGGGGAGAAGUGCUGUGUGGUGGGGACCCUCUUCAAGGCCAUGCCGCUCCAGCCCUCCAUCCUCCGGGAGAUCAGCGAAGAGCACAACCUGCUGCCCCAGCCUCCUCGGAGCAAGUACAUCCACCCCGACGACGAGCUGGUCUUGGAAGACGAACUGCAGCGCAUCAAACUUGAAGGGAGCAUUGACUCGUCAAAGCUGGUCACAGGGACGGUGCUGGCCGUGCUCGGCUCCGCGAGAGACAGCGGGAAGUUCCUGGUGGAAGACCACUGCUUUGCUGAACUUGCCCCUCAGCAGCCUGCCCCCACCCUCGACACAGACAGGUUUGUGCUGCUGGUGUCUGGUCUGGGCCUGGGUGGAGGCGGGGGCGAGAGCCUGCUGGGCACCCAGCUGCUGGUGGACGUGGUGACAGGGCAGCUGGGGGACGAGGGGGAGCAGUGCAGCGCUGCCCACGUGUCCCGGGUCAUCCUCGCCGGCAACCUCCUGAGCCACAACACCCAGAGCAGAGAUUCCAUCAACAAGGCCAAGUACUUAACCAAGAAAACCCAGGCAGCCAGCGUGGAGGCGGUCAAGAUGCUGGAUGAGAUCCUCCUGCAGCUGAGCGCGUCAGUACCCGUGGACGUGAUGCCAGGCGAAUUUGACCCAACCAACUACACGCUCCCCCAGCAACCCCUGCACCCCUGCAUGUUCCCACUGGCCACUGCCUACUCCACCCUCCAGCUGGUCACCAAUCCCUACCAAGCCACCAUCGAUGGAGUCAGAUUCCUGGGGACAUCAGGACAAAAUGUGAGUGACAUUUUCCGGUACAGUAGCAUGGAGGAUCACUUGGAGAUCCUGGAGUGGACCCUGCGCGUCCGUCACAUCAGCCCCACAGCCCCGGACACGCUAGGUUGCUACCCCUUCUACAAGACUGACCCGUUCAUCUUCCUGGAGUGCCCUCAUGUCUACUUUUGCGGGAACACCCCCGAGUUUGGCUCUAAAAUCUUCCGAGGCCCAGAGGACCAGAGGGUGCUGUUGGUGGCCGUCCCAGAUUUCAGCACCACGCAGACUGCCUGCCUUGUGAAUCUGCGUAGCCUGGCCUGCCAGCCCAUCAGCUUCUCAGGCUUCGGGGCAGAGGAUGAGGACCUGGGGGGCUUGGGUCUGGGCCCCUGACUCACAGAGACCCCGGCUGUCUGUUCCGCAACAUUGACACUGCAGCGGCAUUUGCUUUAUAAUAAAAGCCCGAACAGGGGGCCUGGGUGGCUCAGUCCAUCGAGCAUCUGACUCUUGAUUUCGGCUCAGGUUGUCAUCUCAGGGUCAUGAGAGCGAGCCCCAUGUUGGGCUCAUGCUGAGCGUGGAGUUGGCUUGACAUUCUCUCUUCUUCUGCCCCUCCCCCCGGUCUCUCUCUCAAAUAAAUAAGAUCUUUUUAAAAAAGGCUGACCAGUGUGCUGGUGUUGGGCUCCGGGGCAGAGCUGAUGCUGGCCGGGGCACUCGCGUGCAUGCCGCUCUCCCUCCUCCCGCUCCCCGAGUGCUCAGCAACACGUCUGCCAUGAGCUUGCUUUAUUGGUGCGGCUGACGGGGCAGAUGGCGGUGGAGUCUGUGCGCGCCGGGCCCUGCGGAGCCCGGCUCAGCCCAUCCAAGGCGGCCAGGAGCUUGCCUGCGCAGCCUGGCUCCGCGAUGCCCUCCCGUGUGGGGCCCUUCCCGGCCGGGCUACACCGAGGGCAGGGGGCUUCCGCGUGCUGAUGAUGGCUGAGCGGGCUCGGGUGCUCAGAA